AUGGUAUCGAAUCGGGAUCCUAAACCUUCAUUUGGGUCUCCGACUCGGGUUCAAAAGCUUAUAGCUUCACAAUCUGAUCCUCUCCUCGCCAAGGAGAUCUUCGAUUACGCCUAUCAUCAGCCCAAUUUCCGCCAUUCUAAGUCUUCUCAUCUCGUCCUCAUUCUCAAACUCGGCCGUUCUAGAUAUUUCAAUCUCAUCGACGACGUUCUCGCCAAGCACAGAUCCAGUGGGAAUCCGGUGACCGGAGAAGUUUUCACAUAUCUGAUCAAAAUCUACGCUGAGGCAAAGAUGCCGGAGAAAGUGUUAAUGACGUUUUACAAAAUGCUGGAGUUCAAUUUUACGCCACAGCCAAAACAUCUGAAUCGGAUUCUGGAGGUUCUUGUCAGCCACAGAGGCUAUCUCCAGAAAGCCUUUGAGCUUUUCAAGAGCGCACGGCUUCUCGGAGUGAUGGCUAACACGAGAACCUACAACAUACUGAUGCAAGCUUUCUCUUUGAACGAUGACUUGAGUAUUGCAUACAAACUGUUUGGUAAAAUGUUUGAGAGAGAUGUUGUUCCUGAUGUGGAGUCUUAUAGGAUCCUGAUACAAGGGUUUUGCAGGAAAGGUCAAGCGAAUGGUGCUAUGGAGUUGCUUGAAGAUAUGUUGAACAAAGGCUUCGUGCCCGAUAGGUUGAGUUACACAACGUUGCUCAACAGUUUGUGUAGGAAGACACAGCUCAGGGAGGCUUACAAGCUUCUAUGCAGGAUGAAGUUGAAAGGUUGUAAUCCCGAUCUUGUUCACUACAACACGAUGAUCCUCGGGUUUUGUAGAGAAGGUCGUGCUAUGGAUGCGAGGAAGGUUCUUGAUGAUAUGUCGUCUAACGGUUGCUCACCGGAUUUGGUAUCGUAUAGGACAUUGAUUGUGGGAUUGUGUGGUGAAGGGAUGUUUGAUGAAGGGAAGACGUAUCUACAAGAGAUGGUAUCAAAAGGGCUUUCUCCUCAUUUCUCAGUUCCUAAUUCUUUGGUAAAAGGGUUUUGCAGCUUUGGCAAAGUCGAAGAAGCAUGUGAUGUGGUUGAGCUUGUGAUGAAGAAUGGGGAAGCAUUGCAUUCAGAGACUUGGGAGAUGAUAGUUCCUAUGAUCUGUAGAGAAGAUGAGUCGGAGAAGAUCAAAACGUUUCUUGAAGAUGCUGUAAAGGUAGAGAUAAGCGGUGAUACAAGGCUCGUUGAUGCGGGUUUCGGUUUGGGAUCUUAUCUUUCUAGUAAGCUACAGAUGAAACGUAAAAAUGCUAGAGAGAGGAGGAGACAUUUGUAG